AUGAGCUUGGAGGGAGAUCGGAAUGAAAGCGCGCAAUCUUCUCUACCAGAAGAGCUGCGCAGCUCCACCCGCCAGAGGCACCAUGCCCUGAACCUCCAGAUCACCCGGCGGCUGCCAUUGUGUCUGCCACCAAUUGCAGACAGUCCAUUCACUUACACCAAGGGCAUGAUAGUCUUUGGCCAGAUAUACUUUGCCUUCGAGACCUUCCUGCAGACACAGCUCGCUUCUGCCCAGUUAGACCAGCGACUGCGUCAGAUCUACCAGCGUGUUUGCUUUCCCUGGCUGCUCAGGUACGGCCGGCUCCAAAAGGAUAUUGAAACCCUGCAGUCAGUCCUCCCACGGGAUCAAAAUCAAGAACUUGAAGCCUUGGACAAGGAAUCGAGUGGAUUUCGCUUGCAAAUUGAGAGAUCAUUGUCGACGAGACCACAUGUCUUGCUGGCCUACACUUGGGCGAUGUACCUUGCUCUUUUCAACGGCGGUCGCUGGAUCCGAGGGCAGCUGGUGUCUGCAGGCCCGGACUUCUGGCGUACAGGCAUAAUUCCGUUAUCCUUCUGGGACUUUCGAAGUGAAGAGGAUGCGGGCGUCGAUGGGCGGUUGCAAGAGCAGUUCAAAGAGGCAUUUCGGGAAGCAGCAUCUUUGCUGACUGAAACCGAAGAGAGAGAUGUUGUCGAGGAGACUUUCAUUUUGUUCGAUAUGUGCAUCCAAAUGGUGGAAUUCCUCGACAAUGCCACGAACUGCUCGCCUCAAUCUGUCCCUGCAGAGGCCCCAGCACUUGUGGAUUCUUCGCAGCUCAAGAAUUCGGUUGGCGCCAAGUCGAUGGCAGCCUCGUUCUGGCAAUGCGUAGUCUCUCUAUCGAAAGGGAAGAAGGCACUGGGGGUGCCACAUGAUGGGCACUGA